GUAUUGUAUUAUAGAUUAUUUAAUGUUGGUUUUUACAAUAGUGAAUAUACACUAAUUAAGACUAACAUGAAGCAAUUUCAAGGAUUGCAUAAGACAGUUCAUUUACUGCAAAACGAGCAUGCGCACUUUUUUUCAAGGAACCAAGUUUUGAUCAAAUUCUUAAAUUGUCUAGUAUUUUGUGCUGUCUUUAUUGAUUCCGGGAGUGAAUUCCAGAUUUUAGGCCCUUGAAAACUUAAUGAUCUGAUACCAUUAUUGGUAGAUCUGGCUUUUGGAAUGUCAAGGGGGUUUUUGAGUCGAAGGUUAUGACCUGUUGUUUUGGGUACAAAAUAGUCUUUCGUGAAAACAGGAUUAAGGUUGGUAAGUGUUUUUUAAACUUCGAGCGCUAAAAUUCUAACUGAUUGGACAUGUAUGGUAGUUUCUUUUGAGUUAGCAAGUAAAUCUUUGUACGAAGAUGAAUAGUCCGUAUAGGCUAGUCUUAAAGCCCUCUCGUUAAUUUUCUCUACCUUAUCCUGACUUCUUUUACCACAUAGCAUCCAUAUUAAUGGACAAUAAUUGAGUAUAAAUGAAUUCAUAAUUAUCUUUUUUUCUCUGUCGCCCAUAAAUCUUGCCAAUCUUUUCAAAGAAUUAAACUAUUUAGCUGCUUUUUUACAGAUCUUAUCGAUACGAGCAUCAAACUUGAAAUUUUCAUCGAUCUGAACACCAAGCAAAGUAACGUCUUUCUCUAUUUUAAUUGCAAAUUCUUGGUCAAUUUCAAACUCAUUCAUGCAUUUAUCUUUGCUGCCGAUUGUGAUAGCUUGAAUAUAGCUUCAUAUAGCUUCGUAAUAAGUUCCAAUGAAACUGUGCAUGAAAGCAUAAUUUCAAAGUUACUGUCACUUUCACGAAGACGACACAGGCAUUUUGUAGCCCACUUUGCACAAAAAAUCGACAACAAUCGGAAAGUUAGGUUUACAUAGUUGCUGCACAGUCCAAUAAUAGUCAGCUUGAUCUUGUUCAACAGCAACUCAUUCGAUUCAAACUAGCAAACCUGUGUAUUGAAGCCUCGGAGAUUGACAAGAUUGACAAAACUUGACAAAAAACUUACUUCGCGAAAGUUUAUUCUCGCGAAUUACGUAAUUUUCGGAAAACGCGAAAGUUUAUUCCCGCCAAAUCUCUCAUUUAGGUGGAUUCGUGAAAGUUAAUUUGAAGAAUUUUACGUUGUUUCAGCUUGCAAAAGUUUCUUCUUUAUAGGACACGUGUCCGAAAACGGACAACGAUCACGUUGAUAAUGUCCGUGAAUAUCCUGGGCAAAAUUAAAGUGUUUGAUUGCUGGAUUAAUUAAAAUCUAGACGAUCACGUAUCACUAGGGCUUCCUCGCGGGCACCUCUGUAAUUCUAGUGUCUGAUUGCCUUGGAAACACAUUCUUUGGUUUCUUCAAUGAUGUAUCAAAUUUCCACCAGUCCCCGCGAGGCAGAGCUUGUUACUUCUUCAGUACAUAGAUUGUUUAUUUUGAGCUUCACCUAAUUUAACUGUUCUCUUUUGAUUACGAAGGUGUGAAUGCCAAGGCUUACCUUAAAACCACUGACUUUUGUCCAGAGGAAUGUUGUUAAGCCUUUCUUAGACCUUUUGUGAUGUUCUCUUAUUGAGUAACGAAAUUCAGGUAGAUCCUCCUAAACAUUUCAGUUUCAUGUUAUAGCAUUACAGUUAAGUCGGUUCGAUUUCACGAAUCAUGAGCGCCUUCCUGGAUGGUCCCGGCUUCUCAACUGUCGGCUUCACACCAGAGCAGAUCGCUUGCGUCUGUGAGGUAUUGCAGCAAGGGGGAAGCAUAGAUCGGUUGGCGCGCUUUCUCUGGAGCCUGCCGAACUGCGACGAAAUAAGUACAAAUGAAAGUGUUCUUAAAGCAAAGGCAGUUGUCGCCUUUCAUCACGGAAACUUUCAAGAACUAUACAGUAUCAUAGAAAACCAUUCCUUCUCCUUGCCCUCGCACGUCAAGCUGCAAAAUUUAUGGCUUAAAGCUCAUUACAUCGAAGCAGAGAAAGUCAGGGGACGCCCCCUUGGUGCAGUGGGGAAAUAUCGAGUUAGAAGGAAGUUUCCACUGCCUCGGACGAUAUGGGAUGGAGAAGAAACGAGUUACUGCUUCAAAGAGAAAUCGAGGGCCAUUCUUAGAGACUGGUACGCACGCAAUCCUUACCCAUCCCCAAGAGAAAAGAAAGAACUUGCUGAUGGAACUGGGCUAUCCACUACCCAAGUUAGUAAUUGGUUUAAAAAUAGACGACAGAGAGAUCGCGCUGCAGAAGCCAAAGACAGGUAA